UCAUGUUGAGAUCUCGACCGAUUCGCGCCAAAAUUUUAUAUUGUCAAACAAAUUGGCGGUGGCGGUGAAUGUCGUCGUGUUUUUGUUGUGUACAUUCAAUUAAGUUUCCUGUUUUCUACCUAAUAUAAAUAACUAAUUCUACUUUUCAAAAUGGCUAUGCGUGAUUAUACGGCCGAUAAAGAAACUUUCAAAAACUUUUUCGUGGAUUUUUGUCAAUCUGAUGAUGAGGGAAACAAGAACUUCAAAUACUCUGAGCAGUUAACGAGGGUUGCACAUAGGGAGCAGACUGCGUUUGUUGUGGAGUUGGAUGACUUACAUGAGACCAAUGAAGAGCUGGCAGAGGCCGUGCGGCAGAACACAAGGCGGUACACUAACAUGGUGUCCGAUGUUGUCUAUGAAAUGCUGCCGGACUAUAAACAUAGAGAGGCGGUGGCCAAAGAUGCACUAGAUGUAUACAUAGAGCACAGAAUCAUGCUGGAGGCGAGGAACCACAGGAUCCCCGGAGAGAUGCGAGACCCCCGCAACAGAUACCCACCAGAACUGAUCAGGAGAUUUGAGGUGUACUUCAAGGACCUAUCUUCUUCCAAGUCUUUACCUAUACGUGAGGUGAAGGCUGAACACAUUGGCAAACUGGUAACAAUAAGAGGCAUAGUGACCCGCUGCACGGACGUGAAGCCGCUGCUGGCGGUGGCCACGUACUCGUGCGGCGCGUGCGGCGCGGAGACCUACCAGCCCGUGCGCGCGCUGCACUUCACGCCGCCCGCCGCCUGCGCCGCCGACGCCUGCCGCCUCAACAAGACGGCCGGCCAGCUGCUGCUGCAGACCCGGGGCUCGCGCUUCCAGAAGUUCCAGGAGCUCAAAAUACAGGAGCAUUCAGACCAAGUCCCGGUGGGUCACAUUCCGCGGCAGCUGUCGGUGUACUGCCGCGGCGAGACGACGCGGCGGGCUCAGCCGGGCGACCACGUGGCGGUGGGCGGCGUGUUCCUGCCGCUGCUGUCUGUCGGCUUCCGCCAGCUCACGCAGGGACUGCUGUCCGACACAUAUUUGGAGGCUCACUCAGUCAACUGCUUGAACCAAGCUGACGAAAAUGAGUUGACAGAAGCUUUGACAGAAGAGGAACUCUCAGAGUUGGCUGACGAGGACCUGUACUCCCGCAUGGCGCGCAGCCUCGCGCCUGAGAUUUACGGCCACGAGGACGUCAAGAAGGCACUCUUACUACUGCUCGUCGGCGGGGUCGACAAACGUCCAAACGGCAUGAAGAUUCGUGGCAACAUCAACAUAUGUCUGAUGGGCGACCCGGGUGUGGCCAAGUCGCAGCUGCUCAACUACAUCGACCGCCUCGCGCCGCGCUCGCAGUACACGACCGGCCGCGGGUCUUCCGGAGUCGGACUUACGGCUGCUGUCAUGAAGGACCCAUUCACCGGUGAGAUGAUGUUAGAAGGCGGCGCGCUGGUGCUGGCGGACCAGGGCGUCUGCUGCAUCGACGAGUUCGACAAGAUGGCCGAGAACGACCGCACUGCCAUACACGAGGUCAUGGAGCAGCAGACCAUUAGUAUUGCAAAGGCUGGUAUAAUGACAUGCCUGAACGCGCGCGUGUCGAUCCUGGCGGCCGCCAACCCUGCGUACGGCCGCUACAACCCCAAGCGCACCAUCGAGCAGAACAUACAGCUGCCCGCCGCGCUGCUCUCGCGAUUUGACCUGCUGUGGCUCAUACAGGACAAGCCUAACCGCGAGAAGGACCUGGAGCUAGCGAAGCACAUAGCGUACGUCCACCAGCACUCGCGGCAGCCCCCCAGCGAGCUGCGCGCGCUGCCCAUGCGCCUGGUGCGGCGCUACGUGGCGCUCACCAAGCGGAAGCACCCCGCCGUGCCCACGCAACUCGCCGACUACAUCGUCUCUUCAUACGUGGAGCUUCGUCGUGAAGCCCGCAACGCCCGCGACGUGACCUUCACAUCUGCGCGAAACCUGCUCGCCAUCCUGCGUCUAUCCACCGCACUCGCCAGACUCCGGCUCUCUGAUGUCGUAGAAAAAGAAGACGUGUCUGAAGCGAUCCGCCUCGUCGAGAUGUCGAAACAGUCUCUGUCGCCUGUAGAUGAGAAUGUGCAGAGGGGCAUAAGCUCGACGGACCGCAUCUUCGCCAUCGUGCGCGACCUGGCCGGGUCCAGCCAGACCGUCAAAAUCGCUGACGUCAUCGAGCGCUGUGUCGACAAAGGCUUCAAACCCGACCAGGUGGACGCUUGUAUCGAGGAGUAUGAGAAUCUGAACGUAUGGCAGGUGAAUCAAGUCCGGACCAAGAUCACAUUCAUGUAAACCCACCGACCACCGUGUUGUACCUCUCGUAGUUGUAAGACCAGUGUGCCUGACAAACUAGUUGUAAGCUGUAUGACUGAUGCGAUUGUUUUAAUAAUAAAGAUAUUUUGACUA